UGCUCACUGUCCUGAGAGAUGACAAAACACUACACCCUUUGGGAUUUUUUUCCCCCUCUGUUCUAAAGCAGCAUUUCACAUCUGUGUCUGACAGAAGCAUAAGGAACUGAGAGAGGCAGACCUUCAUCAUUCUUCAGAGAAUAAUGUUGCAUGGGUUAAAAGUUAAGACCUGAUGUCUACUGAUCCUUCCUGCAUAUUUCCUACAAAAAUCUAAAACUUGGAGGCUACCUAAAUGUGUAGGGAAAUAACUUUUCAGUGUUGGAAUAGCUACAGAAAACAGAUGGAAUUUACUGGAUACUAAGUCUUCACAUGAUUUUUUUUUUUUUUUAAAUGGGUGCUGAAUACUUGAGUUAACUGGGGUCAGUGCAUUUGCCUUUUUUGGUUGGUUGGUUUUUUUUUUUCCUGCCUUUUUUUGAGGGAGGUUUGGGCAGAAGGAAAGAUACAAAGUUCACAGGUUCUUUUCUGUUACCUGAUUAGGGCAGAAUACACACAAAUGCUGAAUAUGGAAGAAAUUUGAUAUUGGAGAUAUCUGGAAAUAAACUACUAACAACCAAUACCACAAGACGAAGCAGCAGUGAAUAACAAGACGCUGUGGAAAAAGAAAUCACAAGACGAGAGUGCACAAUGCAUUUCAAAUAGAAAAAAGCUUCCUAUCUUCUAAGUGAGUCUCAGAAUAUUCUAACAGAGCACAGAUAAAGCUUCAAUCAAGUAUCUUCUAGCUGUCUCCAAAAGGAUAUUUUUGCAUACAGUAAACAAUAUGCAGCAGUGCUAGGAUCCUGAUGACAAUAUACCAAGAACAAGAAUGGAAGUAAAUUUAUUCAGCAAUUCCACUGUUGUAAACAGUUCAUCCAUCAACCACAAGCAGUUAGAAGGGCAUAGCCUCUGGGAAGUCAUUACUAUUGCCACUGUAACUGCAAUUGUAAGCUUAAUAACCAUAGUGGGAAAUAUUCUUGUGAUGAUAUCAUUCAAGGUUAACAGUCAGCUCAAAACUGUCAACAAUUAUUACUUGCUCAGCCUUGCCUGUGCAGAUCUCAUCAUUGGAAUAUUUUCUAUGAACCUUUAUACAUCCUAUAUACUCAUAGGCCAUUGGUCUCUUGGAAGCCUUGCCUGUGACCUGUGGCUAGCACUGGACUAUGUAGCUAGUAAUGCCUCAGUAAUGAACCUCCUUGUCAUCAGUUUUGACAGAUAUUUUUCCAUCACAAGGCCUUUAACUUACAGGGCCAAACGCACGCCUAAAAGAGCUGGCAUUAUGAUUGGUCUGGCUUGGCUAAUUUCCUUCGUGCUGUGGGCACCCGUGAUCUUGUGCUGGCAGUAUUUCGUGGGUGAACGAACAGUACCACCUGAAGAGUGCCAGAUACAGUUUUUAUAUGAGCCCAUUAUCACCUUUGGUACUGCAAUUGCUGCUUUUUACAUUCCGGUGUCCGUGAUGACCAUUUUGUAUUGCCGCAUCUAUAAAGAGACAGAGAAACGUACCAAGGACCUUGCUGAACUGCAGGGUUCGGAGUCUGUGGCAGAGUUUGAGAUGAUAAAGCCUCAGAAAGCAUUCCUGAAGUCUUGCUUCAGUUGCAAGCAACAAAACUUAGCCAAAAGAGAGAGGUGUCAGGCUUCCUGGUCUUCAUCUAGUCGAAGUACAUCAGCUACCGUGAAAGCCUCUCAGGCAGCAAGUACUUGCAUCGACUGGGCUAAGGCUGACCAGUUAACCACCUGCAGCAGCUAUGCAUCUUCAGAAGAGGAGGAUAAACUUGCCACAGAUUCAGUUUUCCAAGUAACUUACAGAAGUCCAUCUAAAGGUAAGGCAGAAGAGUUUAAUGAGAGUACGGAUGUUGUCGAACACCAACCUGAAGAAAAUGAUUUUGAGAACCAGAAAUACUUUUUAUCACCUGCCAAAAGCCACAUACAAAAAAGUAAAAAAUGUGUGGCCUAUAAAUUCCGGUUGGUGGUUAAGGCUGAUGGCACCCAGGAAGCCAACAAUGGUUGCCGUAAAGUAAAAAUAACUCCCUGUCCUGCUGCUCUGUCAAAGGAUCCUUCCAUCAAGAGCAUGGAUCCAAAUAUAAAUAACCAAAUCACCAAAAGGAAACGGAUGGUUCUUAUAAAGGAACGCAAAGCAGCACAGACUUUAAGUGCUAUACUUUUGGCUUUUAUUAUCACAUGGACUCCCUACAAUAUCAUGGUUUUGAUUUCCACAUUCUGCUCUGACUGUAUUCCCCUGACAUUGUGGCACCUUGGAUAUUGGCUAUGCUACGUGAACAGCACUGUUAAUCCCAUGUGUUAUGCCCUCUGUAACAAAACUUUCAGGAAAACUUUUAAGAUGCUGCUAUUCUGCCAGUGGAAAAAGAAAAAAGUGGAAGAGAAGCUAUACUGGCAAGGCAAUACCAGACUUCCAUAAUUUAUUCCUAUAUAAGGGAUAAGGGGGGAAAUAGAUAUUGAUGUAAGCUGGUAAAUUGGGUGUAAUUCUGUCUUUUCAAAGUUGCUGCUUUAUAUGUCUAAGGGUUAAAGAAAAUCUAUUGAAAAAGAAAAUUUUGCAUGAAAGUAGUGUGCUUGGCACAAAGAAGUCAGUGGCUGCUAUGAGCAACACAGGGUGGUUUUGAUUAUGCAGUAGAUCUGCAUUAAAGUUAUUAUGCUUGGGGUCUUCUUUCUUUCAGUUUCUUUCAAUCUGAGAAUAUAUAGAGUAAAUAAUAAAAUACUAGAAAUUCAAGUGGGAUGGUCAUCCAGUCAUCAGGUCAGGUCAUCCAGUCUAUCUCCCUGUGGCACAGAGCUGUUUCUUCCUGCAGUUCCUUUCCUAGUGUAUUGUCUCUGCUUAGCUUUCAGUGUUCCAAGUCACCAAGCAAUGGAGCUCAUACUGCUGUUUUUGAGACUUUUCCAUCUGGUGUUGGAAUAAAACAAGGACUAUUUAAAGGGGGAAGUGCUGUCAUCCCCGAUACUAAAUGGUUAGGGAGAUUCAUAACACUCCAAAUGAACACACAUAUUGUAGGAGAAUGUAAUACUGACAAAAUUUCCACUUUAAGGAUGACUUUUGUGGAGACAUAGGAAGGGCUUCUAGUGGAAGAAAUAGAUGAUCUAUUUUGUAUAUGAAGAAGCCAGUUCCAAUUUCAGUUCCAUUAUGCAAGUCACUGUCAUCUGUAAAAAAAUGGUGAUGGUUAGCAGAUACUUCCAAGUUUCUCCAUUUCCCAAUGACUCUGAAGGAAAUUUUAAAAUUUUGGUGUGAUAGUGGCAAUUCAAAUCAGAACUGACUGUAAAGCAUAAUGGAUGUAGUCUAUCUAUUUUACAACACAAGGAACGUCUUUUUUUGCAAUAUCUCCUUUGUUGCACUUCUCCUUGCUCCAAUAUUCCAUUACUGAUGUAAUGAUGCAAGAAGAGGAAAAAAUACAUAUUGAUACCCUGUGCAUUUACGUAUAUGUUAUGAAACUACUAUAAACAGUGAUGGAGUUGGCAUCUCUGAAAGAAAAAAAGGGUUUUUUAGUAAUUUUUUAAUAUUUCUAUAAAACUAUUAAGGAGAUUUUGCACCUUCAUAGCACUUUAUAUCUUUAAGUAGCUUUACAAAUAUUAGCCAAUGUCAAGUGUUUGGAAACAGAAGUUAUCUUCAGUUGCUAUCUUUUGGUCCAGUAGAACCAUAUCCUCUGCUGUACUGCGGGCUAGAGUCAGCCCUUCUGCUGGCUGUGGCUUCUGGGGCUGGGCUGUACUGGCCUGGAUGCAGUGAGCUGAGACUCUGGCCACUAGCUGAGGUUUGCUGGGACUUUGGGUGUGUGCUGAGGACCGUCCUGUGGCAGGGUUGAACACCAGGUGCCUGUCUGAUGUCUGUGUUAGAUUGUCAGGAGUCCUGCAGCAUUGGCCGAGCAGAAGGCCAUUGGUACAGAGCUUGUGACCUGGCUCCUUGCACUGGGAACAAACAUGAAGCCUUAGAAAAAGCCAUGAGAAAACACAGUUAGUGGCGACAGGAGCCAUAAGGAAUGAAGUCCUAAAGUAAACAAAUAUUUAUGAAGUUCAGAUUCAGUUCUAGCCUUUCUAUCAAAAUUCUGAGUGAGAAGCUCUGGAAUAUUAGUUUGGGCCAAUCUUCAUGUUAUAUCUAAUAUAUGCUUUAGUGGGACAUUGCAGUGGUGACAUGACCCAGUUGCGCAUUUCAUGGAUUGUAUUAGUCAUCCUGGAUGUACCAUUGCUUCCUGUGAAAUUGUUCAUAUUAAUUUAUUAAAUUAUCGUGCCAUCAAAUUGUUGCUGUACAGAUAAAUAAUUCUUCCACGUCAACAACCACAGUACAAUUAAUUAGUAGUUUUUAUCCCCAAUCUCCAGAGGGGAAAAUUAUGUCAGUGAAAGAUUAGCAGUGUAGUAAUGUGAAAAUAUGUUCUCUAAAUUCAGGUGAUUGAUUUUGUAACAGACCAUACUGUGCCUAUUAUUUUUUGUGCAUUAGCAUACGAUUGCUUAUUAAAGGAAAGUAAGGGUCUUUAUAUAAAGACCCCUUCAUCAGCUUUCCUCUGUCACUAUCCAGAGCUUUUCCUGUGUACAGUAACUAUGUACAAGUUGGUUAUUAUAGUGGGUUUAUUUUAUAUUACACUGGAUCAGACAUUCAGUAAACUGUGUUUGAUUUCUAGCAAACGAAUGUGUCCCUGUGUGGCACAAGCUGUAGUUAAAAGCAAAAUUUAUGAGGUAGUAACAGUUCCUGCUAGCUACAGUGUUGUUGCUAAAGUAAAGCAUUGGCUUCUACUGAAAUUAAAUGGGAUACUUUUUGUUGGCUUUGGCUUCUGUUGAACAACAGUGUUCUGUAAAUGUUUAUGGACUCUGUGCUCAGUAAAUGUACUAGAAUACACAGUGACGGAUGCAUCAAAGUUGGUUCAAUGUAAUUGUGAAAUAUAUGCUCAAACUAUGCUGCUAGCACUUCAGUAUGCGAGACGUUACAUGGCCAAACAUGGGUACAUUGUAAAUACCUGGAAUUGUAUAAAGAGGUGUGUGUUGCUUUAUUGCUAUGUGGGAUGUUUAUUCUUAAAAAACCUCAAAACCACAAAAAGAAAAACGUGAUUCUCAUCAGAGUAUCAGUUAGUACUUAAUUAUAUUUUGUUUUCAAAUUAUAUUUUGUACCUUUAAAAAGCGUUGUGGACUUUUACAGUGUAGAACAACCUUGUUAUCUGUAUUUCUGUCCUUUUAAUGAACCUUAUACUGAUCCUAUAAUUGAUUAUGGUCAUGGUCAGGGACUGGUGAAGAGAACUUUUUUGGUAAAAAGUACAUUUUAUUUAUACAUAAUUACGUACACACACACAUAUAUAUGUAUGUAUUUAUUGUCAAUACAGAUGCAUAAAUAUACAUCCCUAAGCUUUUCAGAGACACAGCACCUUUAAUAUUUUUGAAUAUUGAAUUUUCUCACAAACUGGGGUAUCAUUUUUGUGUCUCCCUUUUUAUACAUACCAUAUGUAUUUCAGAUCUCCAUAAAUUAUCAAGUAACAUUCAUUUUCUGUAAAUAUAAUUUAUGUUUGUAGAUAAAUACUUGGAAGAGUUCCCAGAAUUUUUAAAUGGGUAUAGAACACCUAGUUACAGUUUUGCACCUUCUGUGACUUGUUACCACAGACUGAAGAGUUUUGCAAAAGACAGAAAUUCAAGGUAAAAUAUAAAUGCACAGGUUUCCUUUAUAGAAGAAGUCCUGUUGAACAGAGGAAGGAUGAAAUCAAAAGGGUUAUAGAGAAAAUACUGUAAGAACGUGUAAAAUAUGAUAAAGUGUAUUUUGCCGUUUAUUAUAUAAUUCAAUUGCGAAUUAUGCUUAUCCUACUCAACUAUGCAUGUCAAUUAGUUACUGCUAUUAACUGUUGAAAGUUA